GUACAUAACAGCUUUAAUGGACUCUGCGGAAGAAGAGCAGAGUGAGGCUGAGGAGGGUCAGAGUCUGGAUGAAGUGACUGUGAUCGAGCCUCUGGAUGAGUUCUCAGCCCUCCUGGAGAGGUUGGACGCUCUACACAACGGCAGCGAUGGAGACAAGAGGGAGUGCCUCCGCACCAUGCUGGAUAAGAGGGAGGAGGUGGGCCACAUCAACCAACUGUCCAAGUCUUGAGUUCGGAUGUCCUAGGGCUAGUAGAUAUCUGUAUUUAAAAUAAAAUACAAUCACAGCAGUAGCAGACAUGGGUUCAAAUAGUAUUUGCUUUCUUUCAAAAAAUGUCAGCUGUGCUUGAUUGAGCUUGCUUGAGUUUGCUUGGUGCAAUGAAACCAAUGGAAUAGUUCCAAAAGAGCAAAUCUCGCCCAUCUAGCCCUGUAGACAGGCCUAAUCCAGUGGUGCUUACAGUAUUUGAAAGAAAACAAAUACUAUUUGAAUCCAGGUCGGAGCAGUAGAGCUCCUAGGUGAAGCCUGCCUCCAAAUAAAGGUCAAUGACGUAAAGUUUAUUGACACUGACACAGUUUAUUGACACUGACACCUCUUUUCUUCACAGUUUGGACAGAACACUACAUUCUUAUGGCGACUAGUUCGGGCCUACGUGGAUGUUCAUGACAUCACUACCAACCUAGAGCAGAAGAAGACCCAUGCAGAG